UCGGUGUCGGCAGAGGGGCAGCUAUUCUUAGGCUGUCUGUCCAGCUCAUCCGAGUAGGCAAGAAUCCUCUUCCUCUGGCUCAUAGCUCUUCUCUGUUGCUCCAGUUAGUUUGCAGUGUAUUCGGAGGCUGUUUGGCACGUGCCCCGCCCCCUCCCAAAUCCAUUUUCCCCAUCCGUUUGGAGAAAUUUUGUUGCUUAAACAAUACACAGGCUUUUUUGAACAAUGACUUCUUACAACGUGUCACUCGCUGGACCUUCUCCUUGGGGCUUCCGGUUGCAAGGAGGCAAGGACUUCAACAUGCCCCUCACCGUUUCUAGGAUUACACCAGGGAGCAAGGCCGCCUCCAGCAACCUGAUUCAGGGUGACAUCAUCGUGGCCAUUGAUGGGGUCAGCACAGAGGGGAUGACACACCUGGAGGCCCAAAACAAGAUCAAAUCUGCCAACUUCAAUCUGGCCCUCACCAUGCAAAGGUCAAAGCGACCCAUCCCUGUUACCAUGACAACAUCAAGGAUUGACUCCCCCAUGACUGUGAUCCCCCAUCAGAAGGUUAUUACCAACACUCCUGCCAACAAUGAGUACCUGUCCAGCUUCAACCCUAUAGCUCUGAAGGACUCUGCCCUCUCCACCAAUAAGCCCAUUGAGGUGAAGGGGCCUGGAGGCAAGGCCACCAUCAUCCAUGCCCAGUACAACACCCCCAUCAGCAUGUACUCCCAGGAUGCUAUUAUGGAUGCCAUUGCUGGCCAGUCCCAGGCCAGGGGUAGCGAGAUGUCCGGUAAUCUGCCAGUUAAAGACCAUGUUAUAGACAGUGCUUCCCCAGUGUAUCAGGCUGUCAUUCCCAGUGAAAACAAUGAACUGGGGCCAUCUGAAUGGACUAAAAGAGCCGCCCAGCUGCAGUCCAAGUCCUUCCGCUACCUCGCCCACAUUACUGGAACUGAAUACAUGCAAGACCCUGAUGAGGAAGCUCUGAGAAAAUCAAGGGAAAUGUUUGAGUGUGAAGCCAAAGGCCCUCGUUUCGCUAAACUGAAAAACUGGCACCAUGGCCUGUCGGCACAAAUACUUAAUGUGCCUCAGGGGACCCACCCUCCACAGCAGCACAUCAAACUGGGUCCUGUCCAGCCUGAAGUACUGCUGGAACCGGACUUCAUCCAGCCGCAGUUCCUGCACCAGCCGGUGGUACUCGCCGUGCUGUCUCCGAGCCCGAAUGGUCUCCAUCAGUUUCUGACAUCACUGCAACCUAACCUUGUAUCUAGUACUCCUGCUGAGCAUGCUCCAGUUUCCACCAGCAUUGCAUCUAUAUGUGCACCUACUAUCGCUGCUUCGCCCAAUGAGCUCCUUUCGGAGCCGCAGAUAGUCAAUCAGGCGCCUGAGAUUCCUGAGCAAACCACUGUAAGCAGCUUCAGCUUGCAGACCUCUAUGGGUUACACUUCUCAGUACCAAACCUCCAUCUCCAGUCCUUACGCCCAGCCUCCACCUAUGCAGCAGCCAUCACCCAUGCAGCACAGCUCCAUCCAGAUCCCUGUAGGUCCACCUCCACCUAAAGUGGUCACCACUGCCACCAUUAUGCCCACAGCAUAUCCAUCCGCCCCAGCACCAGCUCCUCCAAUGGCUUAUAAACCUGCUCCACCUCCACCUGCUCCUGCCGCAGCUCCAGCGUCUUCCAACAGGCCUCCUUGGGUCACUGAUGACAACUUUGCCCAAAAAUUUGACCCUAGCAAACCCACCACCACCACAAAUAUCAAAGUGCAGCCUCUUCCUCAGGGGGCACCACCACCACCAGCCUACAUCCCCAACCCCGUCCCUGCUCCCGCUCCUGCUCCUGCUGCAUUCAACCCUUCCCCUGCUCCGUUCAGCCCCGCGGCCUUCCCACCUGUGGCUCGUGGAGUCGCUCAAAGAGCAGAGCGGUUUGCAGCCAGCAACAGAACACCUCUGUGUGGAUCAUGCAACAACAUCAUCAGGGGACCAUUCCUGGUGGCAUUGGGUCGUUCCUGGCAUCCAGAGGAGUUCAACUGCCAUUAUUGCCACACAUCUCUGGCUGAUGUCAGCUUUGUGGAGGAGCAGAAUAGUGUUUACUGUGAGAACUGCUAUGGGGAGUUCUUUGCACCUACCUGUGCCCGCUGCAACACCAAGAUCAUGGGAGAAGUGAUGCAUGCACUGCGGCAGACCUGGCACACCACUUGCUUUGUGUGCGCGGCUUGUGGAAAGCCCUUUGGAAACAGCCUCUUCCAUAUGGAGGAUGGUGAGCCAUAUUGUGAGAAAGAUUAUAUCUCACUCUUCAGCACAAAGUGCCAUGGCUGUGACUUCCCUGUUGAGGCAGGAGACAAAUUUAUUGAAGCUCUUGGCCACACAUGGCAUGAUACCUGCUUUGUUUGUGCGGUGUGCCACGUGAACCUGGAAGGACAACCUUUCUACUCCAAGAAGGACAAGCCCUUAUGCAAGAAACAUGCACAUGCCAUCAAUGUGUAGAUGCUUCAACAGUGCAUCAGAAGCUGUCAGUGAAGGAACUAAAUGCAAUUAAUGUUACAUCUGCAUUUGUGGUUUUAUGGCAAGACAUUGGUGCCAAUCCAAAUGACACAAAAACUAAUAUAAAGACAUACAGUACAUCAUUUAUUUAAUGCCAUAAUAAGC